GUGCUGGGAGGCGGGAUGCAGCUCAGUGUGUGUGUGACUGCAGCCUGAUUAACACACACCGUCCUCCUCCCCCGGCACACACACACACUGAACACACACACUCCUAAACACGCACUUUAACUUUUUAACUUUUCAUCCAUAAACCCUCCAUCAUGGAUCUGGACCCGACCUUCGUCAUCCCCGCGAUCAUUUUCACUGUCGUUGCGAUUUAUUUCGCUUCAUCGCUUCUGAGCAAGAAGCCCGCCGCCUCCUCCUCUGCCGAGAGCAAGAAGCCCAAAGUCGGCUACGGGGACGAGAUCCCUCCGUCCAGAGCUCUGGGACAGCAGCUCCGAUCCGAGCCUGAAGCCUCCCCGCGGCCACAACCUCCAGCCCCGGCUGAGAAGCCUGUCCCUGAACCAGUCAAAGUACCAGAACCUGUCCCUGAAGCAGUCAAAGUACCAGAACCUGUACCAGAACCUGUCCCUGAACCAGUCACAGUACCAGAACCUGUACCAGAACCUGUCCCUGAACCAGUCAAAGUACCAGAACCAGUCAAAGUGCCAGAGGUUGUGCCAGAACCAGAAGUUGUUCCAGAACCAGUUGCAGCACCAGAAGUAGCUGCAGUACCAGAACCUAUCUCAGAGCCAGAACCAGUAUCAGAGCCUGAACCUGCCCCAGAGCCAGUUGCAGUGCCUGAUCCAGAGCCUGUGGUCGAGUCUGAUCUGGUAUCUGAAGAAGUCGAGCAGCUUAAACCUAAACCUGUUGAGGAGUCCUUACCUGAGCUGAUCCCUGGAUCUACAGAGGACCGCCUGCCAACCCCUGAACCUAUUUUGGAGGAAUCACUUGAGCUUGAACCAGAACCAGAGAUCGUCCUGAACAACGAUGUGGCUGCAGCUGAAGAACAAGUGAAGUUCACUCCUGGAAAGAAACAGAGCAAGUUUGAGACGAUGAUGACCAAGGAGGAGAUCGAGGAGGAGCAGAGGAUAGAGCUUACAUCUGAUUUUACCUCUCUAUAAUCAACCUCAGCAGACACACAGUGUGUUAGGAAGGAUGUGAGUUCCUGAAUGAUCCACAUGAGACUUCAAACACCUUCAGCGUCUUUAGUCAUUCCUCACAGCUGAUCAGUGAAGGAGACAAGCGCUGAAGGAAUAAAUCAAGUUAAACUGCUCGUUUUUAUUUAAUUUCUGGGUUUCAGAGCUUUUCAGGCCCGAGCUGCUUGUGAAUAGCAAACAUCUUUACACCAAAGUGCCUUCAGGAAUCUGUGUUUUCACCAGUUCGCUUUUUGUGUUGAGGAUUUUUAAAACAAAGGGAGAAAUUGGAGGAGUGGCAUUAACAGAAACAGAGUGUGAAGUUAUUGUGAUUUCAGGACAGAGAGAGAAAAGUGAUGCUUUUGUUAAAAGGUGUUAAAACUACUAAACUGUGAUUGAAAUGACGUUUAGUCAAACACUUACAUCAGUAACACUAAACUCUCAGCCCGCUGUUCUUAGAAGAACGUUAAUGUUAAAGUCGACAUAAAUCAAACACAGGUUAAACUUCUUCAGUUCUCAGUCGUGUGUUUGAGGUUUUGAGUUCUUCUGUUUGAUUUCAAUGUUUAAACAUGCAAUAAAGAAAUAAAUGUGUGAAACCAAA